AUGCCCUCUCACCCACUCUCAUACGCUCUCAUUUCCUCUCAUCCACUCUCAUACCCUCUCAUUCCAUCUCACCCACUCUCAUACACUCUCAUUCCCUCUAACCCAUUCUCAUACGCUCUCAUUCCCUCUCACCCACUCUCAUACGCUCUCAUUCCCUCUCGCCCCCUCUCAUACGCUCUCAUUCCCUCUCACCCACUCUCAUCUCAUACGCUCUCAUUCCCUCUCACCCACUCUCAUACGCUCUCAUUCCCUCUCACCCACUCUCUCACGCUCUCAUUCCCUCUCACCCACUCUCUCACGCUCUCAUUCCCUCUCACCCACUCUCAUACGCUCUCAUUCCCUCUAACCCACUCUCAUACGCUCUCAUUCCCUCUCAUCCACUCUCAUACGCUCUCAUUCCCUCUCAACACUCUCAUACGCUCUCAUUCCCUCUCACCCAACUCUCAUACGCUCUCAUUUCCUCUCAUCCACUCUCAUACCCUCUCAUUCCCUCUCACCCACUCUCUCACGCUCUCUUUCCCUCUCACCCAAUCUCAUACGCUCUCUGUCCCUCUCACCCACUCUCAUACCCUCUCAUUCCCUCUCACCCAAUCUCAGACGCUCUCACUCCCUCCCACCCACACUCAUACGCUCUCAUUCCCUCUCACCCACUCUCAUACCCUCUCAUUCCCUCUCACCCACUCUCUUACGCUCUCAUUCCCUCUCACCCACUCUCAUACACUCUCAUUCCCUCUAACCCAUUCUGAUACGCUCUCAUUCCCUCUCACCCACUCUCAUACGCUCUCAUUCCCUCUCGCCCACUCUCAUCACGCUCUCAUUCCCCCACACCCACUCUCAUACGCUCUCAUUCCCUCUCACCCACUCUCAUACGCUCUCAUUCCCUCUCACCCACUCUCAUACGCAAUCAUUCCCUCUCAACCACUCUCAUACGCUCUCAUUCCCUCUCACCCACUCUCAUACGCUCUCAUUUCCUCUCAUCCACUCUCAUACCCUCUCAUUCCCUCUCACCCACUCUCUCACGCUCUCUUUCCCUCUCACCCAAUCUCAUACGCUCUCCGUCCCUCUCACCCACUCUCAUACCCUCUCAUUCCCUCUCACCCAAUCUCAUACGCUCUCAUUCCCUCCCACCCACACUCAUACGCUCUCAUUCCCUCUCACCCACUCUCAUACCCUCUCAUUCCCUCUCACCCACUCUCAUACACUCUCAUUCCCUCUAACCCAUUCUGA